AUGUCCGGAAAGGUCUCAAGUGCUUCGGAAUCCUCUGCUAUCUCAGCAUGUCCAGUUUGUCAAGCUGUUCCGGCAGAUAAGUCUGAUCAGUUCUGUCGUCGUUGUGGAUGUCGUCUCAAUCUCUCAUGUAGAUAUUGCAGUGCAAACAUCAGGCCGUUUGAUCGAUAUUGUGCUUCUUGUGGAGGUCGUCGGCUCAUAAUCUUCGAUCAACUCAAGCAAUAUCUCUACAUUCGCUCUCCGUUUGUUAUAAUCGGUCUCAGUGUCGCGUUGGGAGGGGCAUGGUUGGCUCUUCGCUAUGCACUUAGAGAAAAACUGAAGUGA